UUUGGUUUUUGGCAGGACAAGAUGAAGCCUCUGGUUCCUUAUUUUCUGGCAGUUUGUAUGAUUUUAAGUGGCAUACAAGAGAGUGUUGAGAUGGAGGAAUGCAUCUUUAAAAAACUGGACAGGGAGGACAACGUGUUUUGUAGAGGGGAUCUGGAAAUUUUGUAUCCAGAAUUGGGAGAUGUUGGCUGUACAUACAUUCCAAAGUGCAACGCCUAUCGUAAACGGAUCAGCAAGGAAUGGAUCAGCCCCAAAGUCAGAUAUCAGCAGGCAGAUGUGAAUAAGAGGUAUGUUCUCAUCAUGGUGGAUCCAGAUGCUCCUAGCAGAUCCAAUCCAAAGUAUCACUUCUGGAGGCAUUGGGCUGUGACUGGCAUCAGAGGUGCUGAUCUGAAGACUGGGAACCUGAAAGGUUAUGUAUUAUCAGACUACCGCCGACCGACACCACCGUCUGAAAGUGGUUACCACCGCUACCAGUUCUUCCUCUAUGAACAGCCAGUUCAUGAAGUUCUAUCCUUGAAUUCAGAAGAAACUGCAUCUUUUGGUUCCUGGAACAUAAACAACUUUGUGGAUCGGUUUCAGCUUGGAACACCUGUGGCUUCAACCCAGUUUAUCACUAAGCAUUACCGUGACUAGCAAUAGAAGCACCAGCAAUGUUCCCUUUUGCUCUGAAUGAUUUAGCUUGCAUUCUUCCUUGUGGAGCAGAAGAGCGCUCUGAAUCAAAGCAAAUCUUUCUCUUCACUCAACAAGCAUGGGCUGGAUUUUUGCCAGAUCGGUGGGCUUUAUAGAGCUGGCUAUGAUUUUAUUUUAGGAUUCAUAAUGCUUCUCAACUGGCAUUCAUAGAAUUGUAUAGUCAUUCCUAGGAUUCUACAGCACAUAUCACAGAAAAUGCAGUGGGUUCACUGUAGAACUUGCAUGGCCUUAAAUAUGUAUUCCAAAUUCUUCUCAUGUGAGCCUGGAAGCAAAGUGACAAUAUAGUAACCAACCUAUAAUUGUCCUUUAUACACAUAACCAUUGCCCCCCACCAGCUCAGAUUUCUUGAGUAUGUGUCUUCUGUUAAAAUUAUAUCCAGCUAUGAUUUAAAAAAAAUUAAUACAUCUGUGGGAAUAUUCUCUCCAAGGUGUUUUUUACUACUGAAAGGUCCAUAGCCUGGUCAUGACCAGCAGCCACACGUUUUAGGUAUUCCAUUGACAUCGGGUUACCUUAUUACACUCUCUUAUAGCGCUUCCAUUCAUGAUCUCUCUUCUCAGCCUACAUAUUCUUUGUUUGUACACAUGCAUGUUUCACCUUUUAAAUAAUAUCUGCUAUGUAUUGCGGCAUUCAAUUAAAAAAAAAUAGCAUUUCA